GCGCGCUCCAGAGGGAGAGCUGGGGCUGGAGCUUCCUACCCCCUCCGCUGCCCGCACCUGUCCCCGCGCCCGCCCCUGAGCCCGCCCCGACUGGGCAGCCGGGGGCGCCCCCACCUCUCUCCCCCCGGGCCGGGGAGCCGGGGGACAGCGCCGGAGCCCGGGGGGAGCGUGGCCCCGCCGGCCGGCCGGCCAGGGUUGGGUGCAGCCAGGACGGCCCUGGUCCAGGUGGAGGCCGCAGAGGGCCCCGGACAAGCAGGGGCAGCAAUGGUCGGUCCUGACGGUGGCUGAGCCCCCAGCCCCUGGAAUAUGCAGCCCGGGGGAGCCCCAGGCCGCGGCGAGGACGAGGUGGCGGAGCGUGGCGGGAGGCAUGGUCUCCACCUACCGGGUGGCCGUGCUGGGGGCGCGAGGCGUGGGCAAGAGUGCCAUCGUGCGCCAGUUCCUGUACAACGAGUUCAGCGAGGUCUGCGUGCCCACCACCGCCCGCCGCCUCUACCUGCCUGCUGUCGUCAUGAACGGCCAUGUGCACGACCUCCAGAUCCUCGACUUCCCGCCCAUCAGCGCCUUCCCUGUCAACACGCUCCAGGAAUGGGCAGACACCUGCUGCAGGGGACUCCGGAGUGUCCAUGCCUACAUCCUGGUCUACGACAUCUGCUGCUUUGACAGCUUUGAGUACGUCAAGACCAUCCGCCAGCAGAUCCUAGAGACCAGGGUGAUCGGCACCUCGGAGACGCCCAUCAUCAUCGUGGGCAACAAGCGGGACCUGCAGCGAGGACGUGUGAUUCCGCGCUGGAACGUGUCACACCUGGUGCGCAAGACCUGGAAGUGCGGCUACGUGGAGUGCUCGGCCAAGUACAACUGGCACAUCCUGCUGCUCUUCAGCGAGCUGCUCAAGAGCGUCGGCUGCGCUCGCUGCAAGCACGUGCACGCCGCCCUGCGCUUCCAGGGCGCGCUGCGCCGCAACCGCUGCGCCAUCAUGUGACGCCGCCCCGCGGGCUGCAGCCCCAGGGCCCGGGCGGAAUCGGCGGGAACUCACCCGGACGGUCCCGGCCCGAGACGCCCCCCCAGGCACGCACCUCCACGCACCUCCACGCACGGUGAGAGGCAGAGGGCGAGAGGAAGCCUCGCGGUUACUGCCCACACCUCCCCUCCCCCGCGUUUGUCUCGGCGGGACGGCGCCUUUAGUGCUGUGGUUCGUGCAGUACCCGGCCAGCCCGCCCCGAGGAGCGCCUCAGCCUUUGGGGGUCUGGGGUGCGCGUGUGAAACAGGGCGGGGGUGGGGAGGUGCUGCCUUGGCCGGACCCCAGCCGUUUUCUCCUGAGAGCUGUCAGUCGUUGCCCCGCGUUUUCCUUUCCAUUGUCUGUCUGCCAA